AUGGCGCCGAAAAACGUCCCCGCGGACGAGCAGCUCGUGUUCGCCCCAAGCCCCACUCUAAGCACCCCGCCAGAUCUACGAUUCCUACAUUACAACGAUGUCUACCACGUUGAAGCUGGCUCAGCGGAGCCUGUAGGAGGCGUAGGAAGGUUUCAGACGCUGGUCAGAUAUUAUAGAGAAGAUGAGAAAUUUAAGAAUCACCCAAAGCUGGUUACUUUCUUCUCUGGAGAUGCCUUCAAUCCAAGUCUGGAGAGUAGUGUGACGAAGGGAAGUCAUAUGGUGCCCAUACUGAACGGAAUCGGGACGGACGUAGCCUGCGUAGGGAACCACGACCUCGACUUCGGCGUGAAGCAAUACAUGAACCUUACUUCCCAAUGUACAUUCCCUUGGCUACUCGCCAAUGUCAUCGACCCUGCCCUCGGUGACGACGUACCUCUCGGCAACGCGCAGAAAACGGUCAUGCUCACAUCCUCAAAUGGCAUAAAAAUUGGCGUUAUUGGAUUGGCAGAGCGGGAGUGGCUAGACACUAUCAACUCGCUACCGCCGAACAUAAUAUACAAGAGCGCGAGUGCAACGGCAAAGGAAUUGAUCCCGGGGCUGAAACAGCAGGGCGCGGAGAUAGUCGUAGCAGUGUCUCACCAGAGGGAGCCGAACGACAACAAGCUGGCUGAGAAGACUGGAGGUGGGUUGAUUGAUAUCAUAUUGGGCGGACACGACCAUUACUACGCCCAUAGCUUCAUCAACGGAACACACGUCCUACGUUCCGGCACGGAUUUCAAACAGCUUUCCCACAUUGAGGCAUGGCGGAAGUCGAGUGGCAAAGGCUGGGACUUCAGGAUUACAAGGAGAGACAUUGUUAGCAGCGUACCGCAGGAUCAAGAAGCCGUCAAACUAGUAGAAGGUCUGACGCAGAAGUUGAAUGAGAAACUGGACAAGCCGAUAGGAUACACCGCCGCUCCACUGGAUGCUCGCUUCACCACCGUCCGCACGAAGGAGUCAAACCUCGGCAAUUUUGUAUGCGAUCUCAUGCGCUUCUACUACGAGGGCGACUGUUGCAUCAUGGCCGCUGGUACCAUUCGCGGUGAUCAAAUUUACCCGCCUGGCGUGCUGCGAGUGCGCGACAUCGUCAAUUGUUUCCCUUUCGAGGAUCCCGUAGUAGUAAUGCAGGUCACUGGGAAGCAGAUUUGGGACGCACUAGAGAACUCUGUGUCGAAUUAUCCCGCGCUCGAAGGUCGCUUCCCACAAGUGUCAAACAUCAUAUUCGAGACGGACUACUCUCAGCAACCAAUGAAGCGGGUACUAAGCGUCCAGAUUGGCGAGGAACCGUUGGAUGAGAACAGGGAGUAUAGGCUUGUCACUCGCGGUUAUAUGGGUCGCGGUAAAGAUGGCUACACUUCACUCCUCAUCGAAGAAGAAGGUGGCACGGCGAAAGAGAUAGUCAGCGAGGAGAACGGUGUACUCAUCUCUACCAUCCUUCGCCAAUACUUCAUGUCGCUAAAAGUCCUCGGCAAGUGGAAGAACUGGGCCCCUGAUAUGACGGAAAAGUUCUCCAGGGUUCAACAUUCCCUCCAAUCCAAGCAUACCUUCCAUGAUGCCACAUCAACAACAAGAGAUGCCGAUCCAUCACGACCGCUUCCGAGACGAUCCAGCAUCGCUAUUCCACCUUCUCAAAAACACCGCAACGGCGCGCAAGAGGAUCCUGAUACCGACGACGAAGAUUAUGAGUAUGACGAUAGUGAAUUAAUCAAAUUCAAUGAGCAUGAGCUAGGUCUACUGAGGAGGGCUAUGCGGAAGUGGUGGAGGUGUGUAGGGCUCAAGCAUACACCAAACUGUGCGGAUGAGGUGGGCAAAGAGGAGUUGAGGGUGGACUGGACUAGGGCUAUUGCACCGCGGAUAGAGGGGCGGAUAAAGGAGGUUAAGAAGUCUUAA